CUUACAACUGCUGCGAAGUUUGAAGUUACGCGCGUGUUCCUUUCCUUCAUUCUACAUUUGAGUCUUUUGCUUCUUCUUCUUCUUCUUCUACUAUUUGUUCUUCUUAUGCAGACAAUCAAUUUGUGACAGAUACACGCGCAAGUUUCCAAAUUGAAGACAAAACACAAGUGCUCACGCUCAAAUUCAAAUACCACGAGUGCAUUUCAAUGGAAUUUGAGAAAGCACACAAUAAUCUCCGUGCUAUAAGACUCUUAUAUAGGCUUCUUGAAGAUAAUAGCCUCGCCCUGCAAAACGCAAAUUCAGAUGAUUUGGUUGAUAGAGCUCGACUUUUAUUGAAAAGUUUGCUGGAUGUUACGGUUGAAAGUGUUUCUGAGACUCAUUUAAAGAUCUUAGCAACACAAGAAGGUAUAUCUAAGACAUCCAUUGAACAAGAAAAAAAUGUGGCCGAGCUGCAGUCAAAAUCUCCAAUGGCAGCCAACAUUUCUCAAAGCCCUGUAAAAUAUCCUACUUGCAGUGAAAUGACUUCACAGAAGAAUGAGCAGCCCCACUUGAGAUUGCUAUCUAAGAAAGAACUGCCAGAGCUGUCGAAGUUUAGCAUCUCAAAUAAUGUAGGAACAAACAGUAAAUCACUAUGCAGUCUAGGUGAGGAGAACAGUAUGAUGCAACAGAAUUUAGUCAAGGCAACAAAUCUAUCUAAUGAGAAGGGUAUUUUACCCAACACAGAGAAUAAUAAUGUGAAUACUUUAUAUGGUGUUGGUGAGCAUGCAAAAGAAUCACGGCAAAUUUUUGGGGCUCAAGCUGGUGAGUCCAAUGAAGACAAUAAUAUACCAUUGACGAAUAAAAUUCAUGAAACUCAAUGUGAUUCUAGUGCUGCUAGACGGGUUGAAUCUCCAGAUCAGAAGGGUGAUUUCUCUAAUGAUUUGAUCAAUGCAAUGAAAAGAAUUGAAUCUCGCAUUCUAGCUUUGCAACUUUGUUCAAAUUUGAUGGAUUCCACUAAGAACAGUGCAGGUCAACAUACUAGGCACAAAGUAGCAAAUUUAGAUAAUCCUGUAAUACAGAGAAAAGAUGGGACUGCAGUAGGUCAGUUGAGUUGUGGAAGGUCUCUCUUGGAUGGACAUAGGUUAAUGAAUCAGCAGACAGGUAAAGUAAGUUGUAAGGGUGAAAAUUUGAUUUCUGCAAAUGAAUUUGAGGAACCCUUUUUAGCUGAAAAUGAAACAUUGAAUCAGAGUCAGGUGGCAUGUCAAAAUCUUGGGCUUCAUUAUAGUGCAGAAUCUGCAAAGAGUGUUGAUAUACCAAAGCGGAUUGGUAACCAGUUGGUAUCAGGAGGAGAGGAGUUGAGAAAUCGGAAUAGGGUUCAACCUUCAGCACAGAACAUGGCCAUGAUAGAUAGAGUUGUGUCAUUGAAUAAGUUAGUUAGUGGUGACACCUAUUUUGGGAGUCAAGCUAGUGAGUGUAUUCAAGGUUUGAGGGUCCCUUUGAAUCAAGAUGAUCUUACUAAGAAGCCUUCCCUGUUAGCUGGUCAAACAAAUAGGGAAAGUUUGGUCAGAAAAAAUCCAGUGGCUUGGUCUAAGACUGAUCAGAAUCAGAAGGAAAGGAGUCCUGAAUCUUCCUAUGCACAGAAAUUAGUGGAAUCCACACCCAUUUUUGCCAGGAGAAAAAAGCCACCACCUCAUCAGAUGAUAGUAAGACCAACUCUAUUGGACCAGAGGUCCAGUGAGAUUAAGGUGAAUUCCCAUCAACACAAAGACUGGUCAGUUUUGGAGAGGAGAGGAACUCAUAAGACUGGUCAUGCUGAACCUAGGAAGACAAGGGUUCGACCGCAAAAUCAUGAACUGGAGGAGUCAAGCUCAAACUCUCACCCUUCUUCUAAUCAGACUUCUCAGCAAGGCAGUGCCAAUAGUAGUAGUGACUCUGAGGACUACUCCUUGCCAAGUGGGACACAAGGUCCUACUUCAGGAAGGAUGGUUGAUGCAUCAUAUGAAGGCAGCUCAGAAGAAAGUAGUAAUUCAUGUCUCUAUAAGGAUGAUGGCCCUUCACAAAGAGUUGGAAGUCUCAAAUCUUAUAGAUACCUUCGUAAAAGAAAUCCUAAGAAAACAAUCGGAGGCCUAAGGAGGCUGAAAAAUAAAUUGGGAUUAAUCUUUCACCAUCAUCACCACCAUCAUCAUCACCACCAUGUUGAUGAUCAUGGUGGCAUUCAUUCUAAGGCAGGUCAUAGACAUUCUAUGUGGAAUCACUUGCAGAAUGUCUUCCACCACAAAAAUAAGCAUGGGGUGCUAACAAAACAAAGAGUUGAGAAGACAAGGAGAGGGGCUAUUACUAAAGUGUUGCCUCACACAAACCAGGUUGGGCAGUUUCACAGACUUGCAGAAGGGCUUGUGAGACACAUCCGGCAUUCGAAGAAACCAAAUCCUUCCAAGCUUGGUGGGGUGAAAGGAUCAAGGUACACCCCACACGGACAUAGUAUGAAGAAGCUGCAUUGGUGGCAAAUCCUUCGCCGACACCGGGGUGUGAAGCUGAAAAACAGAGGCCAAGUUAAAAUGGGGUUUAUAAGCCAAAAAUCACUGAGGAAGUAAAGUGUGAGUUUGGGUGCAUGUUUGAAUUUCUAGUCUGGCAACUAUUGCCUUCCAGCUCCUGGGUUUCAACUCCUAUCAGAUUCGCAGAAGAUGUAUAUCCUCUGAUUUUCUUCUAUUUUUUUUUUUUUUAAUAUUUUGGCUCUUUUAAAUCUGCGCUUGGUGAUUCCCCAAACUCGGUUAAUGUGGGCUUGGUGAAACUGGAUUUUGUUUGUGCAUGGUGAUCCUGGGUUUUUUUAAUGUAUAUGCACUGUCAUUCUUUAUAUGCAUGUUAUGGUGCGUACUCAAAGCAGUUUCCUUACCUUUUAUUGCUUACUUGAAACUGAUUCUUGUAUUUAAACUAAAGGUUUAGGAUACUUUUAG